AAAAUGUUGCUGUAACCUUGAAAUAACUUGCAGUUAAUGGAGUAGAAUGACUUGACUGCUUUUAUUAAAACCAUAUGCCAGUGAUAAGACGCAAGCGUUGAGAAGUUAAUUAGCAUUCAACAGAUUAUCACAAAUAAAUUUGAUAUCACAGCAUUCCUUGGCACUAUUUGUUGGGUUUCACGUGUCCAAUUAGGCCGGGCUUUUUGUAUUAACUCAGCACUCGUUUUUGUACUCGUAAUCAAAUUAUGGGCGGUUCUGCAAGUGCGCCCAUCCCAGGUGGUGGAACAUCUGGUUAUCACGUACUGCGGGUUCAAGACGGUUCACCUGGUCAUCAAGCUGGUUUGGAAGCAUUUUUCGAUUUCAUUGUUGCAAUUGGCGAUAAACGUCUGGAAGAAGAUAAUGAUUCCAUUAAAGACUUAUUACAAGCCAGUAAAGAUAAACCUGUUCGCCUACUUGUCUAUUCAACUAAAUCACAAUCUUGUCGUGAAGUAACUCUCAUACCUAACAAUCAUUGGGGUGGUCAAGGUUUGAUGGGUGUCAGUAUUCGAUAUUGUUCAUUUGAAAGAGCUAAUGAAAAUGUAUGGCAUGUAUUAAGUGUAGAGCCUAAAUCACCAGCGGAUUUGGCCGGACUUAAACCAUAUACAGAUUAUAUAAUUGGCGCAAAUUCUGUAUUAAAUAAUAGAGAUGAUUUUUUCGAGUUAAUCGAUUCUUCUGAUGGACAUGUAAUUCAAUUAUAUGUUUAUAAUUCUCAAUUGGAUUCAUGUCGUGAAGUACACCUUAAACCUGAUUCGAAUUGGGGUGGGAAUGGUUUACUCGGUUGUGAUAUUGGUUAUGGUUAUCUUCAUCGUAUUCCAACAGCUGCAUUAGCAUCACCGGAAUCUUCUUCUUCACAAUUAUCGAAUAAUGUAUCAAAUCAUCCACAGGAAUCAAUGAAAUCAUCAACCAAUGGUGACUCAAAGCUACCGCCUGUAUCAAUAUCAUCAAAUGAAAUUACCAAUGGAGUUGCUCCUCCUAGUUAUCCUCCACCUGCAUAUACAUCAAACAAUACACAAUGGAAUAAUGCAUUUGCUGAGGUUCCUCUAGUUUCUUCAUCAAUGCAACCCCCGCCAUCACUUCCACCGGCGCCACUACCAGCUACUUAUCCAACUCAAGUCCCAAUCAAUCCGAUAGAUCAUUCUGAUCAUGCUUACACUUCUGUUUCACCUUCAGCAUUUACACAAAAUUCAACUAUUGCACCUCCUGCACCUCUUCCACCUGGAUUAACAAAUAUGUUUAGUAUGCCGUCACAAAAUUCUCCAUCUGUUGUCGGUGGUGGUGUUCCUGUCUGCCCGUCAGAUGCACCAUUGAUUUCUUUUGAAUCGACAAAAAAUGUUGUUAAUACUCCUCAAUAUUCACAAUUUAAUAUACCACAUAUGUCAAGUGCUCAAUAUUUUCAUCCUGUCACUGAUAAUCUACCUACGUCCACAGUAAUCACAUUACCUGGAAUGCCUCCAUUGGAUGUGAAAAUGCCUCCACUAGAAAGUAUGUCCGACAGUUUAUUGCAAUUUAGUUAUUAA